AUGUCCACCGCAGAAGAGAGGACAGCCUCUACAUCUUCUGCCAACUCAGCCACAGCAGGAAGCAAAGAUGGUUCCACAUCAAGUUCAGUCUCUGAAACACCUAAGAAAACAAAGAAGUCCAAGAAAAACACAGAGAGCAUGAUCAAAGUUUACAACUCUGUGCUCGACAGUGUUUUUGGGGCGGAGAGAGAACUAGCUCAGGCUGAGUUGGACGAGUUGCAAGAGGCCUUCAAAGAGUUUGACUACGAUCAAGAUGGAUAUCUGAACUACAAGGAUGUUGCUGAAUGCAUGAGGACUAUGGGAUACAUGCCCACUGAAAUGGAGCUGCUGGAGAUUGUUCAACAGAUCAAGAUGAGAA